AUGCGGCGGUCCGCGGAGCAAGCGGCGAGACGCCUCACUACUGCGCAUCGGUGGAGCCGACGGAAGACGAGCACGGUGGAGAACUUGCCACUGCUUUUCAAAUCGCUGUCAGAGAAGAAAGAUGCCAAGUCCAUCUUUCAUUUGCUAGAGGAGCUGCGACAUCAGGCUGCAGAAUUGGAUAAUCAGAAAUACACCAUUGGAAUCUCGACCUGUUCGAGGGGCAAGUUGUGGCAACAUGCCUGCUGGCUUUUCGCGGUCAUGCCUAAAGCACAGGUUCAGCCGAAUGUCACCACCUCUAACACUGCCAUGAUUUCCUGUAGCAAGGGUAGACAAUGGCAGCUUGUCUCCCACAUCUUUCAGGAGAUGCCCAAAGCGCAACUUCAACCAGAUGUCUUCAGCUUCAACGCGACCAUGAGCUCCUUGCAGACUGCGUCCCACUGGUGGGAGGCCCUGAGCCUUUGUGAGGCCAUGCCGAGAGUCGAAGUUCAGCCCGAUCGGGUGAGCCUCAAUACAGCUCUCAAUGCAUUAGUCAAGCUGGGUGGGCAGUGGCAGAAGGCCAUGAGUUACUUUGCCAUGAUGCCAAAGCUGGAGCUUUUGCCCGAUGUGAUCAGCUAUACUUCAGUGAUACGCACUUGCGAGGAGGCCACGGAAUGGCAGCUGGCUUUGAGCCUUUUUGAGGCCAUGCCUCGAUCCGAGGUGCAGCCAGAUCUUGUUAGUUAUACCGUGGCAAUCACGUGUUGCAAGAAAGGCAUCCAGUGGCAGUUGGCCGUGAAGUUUAUCAAUGACAUGCUUAACUCCAGGAUUUCCCCGGAUGUUGUUGGCUACAGUGCGGCCAUCACCUCCUGCGAGAAGGCUGGCGCAUGGCAGCAUGCUUUCCUCACGCUCGAUGUCAUGACACGGGCAUUGGUGCUGCCCAAUGUUAUCAGCUACAGUGCAGCCAUCAGUUCCUGCGAGAAGGCCAACGAAUGGCAGCAGGCCUUGUGGCUCUUUAACUCCAUGGGCAACGGAACGUUUGCAGCUCCCGUUCAGAGGAACGUUUUCAGCUACGCAGCUGCCAUUACAGCUUGCAAGCAUGGCACGCAGUGGAAGCAGGCGCUCCGGUUCCUUGAGCAGAUGCCUGAGGAGCAUCUGGAGCCAGAUCGUGUUUGCUACAACGCCCUUCUUGACUGUGCUGAGCUUCAGGAGAACCGUUUGGGCGGACACCUCUUUCUGCAGGCCUUGCCGCUCUUCGGAAGCCACACGUCUUCCUUCCGCUGGCCGGAGGUCAUCGACUUGCAUGGCCUUUCGGAAGGAUCCGCUCAGCUCCUUCUGCGCUGGUGGUUGUCCACUGCCGUGGCCCAGCGACUCCGUAGCCGCGGAGGGGAGCAGGUCACGUACGUGGUCAUUACGGGCAAGGGCCGUUCACGGCAAGCCUGGGAUGUCACGGACGUCAAGGCGGCGGCCCUGCGGCUCCUGCACGCUUUGAAGCUUUUGCGGCGUGAGGUCUCCCAUGCUGAGACCGGAGGUCGAUUUCGCUUGAAAUUGAAGAAGGAGGACUUGGUCAAGGUGCAAUCGGCGGGCAGCAUCUUCCCCACAAACCUGAGCGCACGCUCGGCGCGGCCGGCUCCGCUGGUGCGAGAACUGGAGCGUGAAACCGCAGGUGGAAAAAAGCAGUACGAGAUGAUAGGAAAUUCACCAGCUAACAUCAGAGCUAAUGACAUUUGGAAGCAGAAGGAGGACUGGGGCCACUUGUACUGCCGCUUUCGGGUGUUGGGAGGUGAGCUUCACACCUGCAACCCCUGGCAGAUGGAGGUGCUGAAGCAUGACCUUUCGACCAGUGGUGAGCCCUGGGGUCAAUACAAGGCCAUGUCUCGUGCUCUUCGUUUGCUUCUGGCGCUGGAUCUUCUCCCAGAAGACUUGGACCUCUUCGUGUCGAUGAACAUCUAUGAUCAAGACCCUUUGCCCAUGCCGGUGCUCACGAAGGCCCGGUACGUCUUCACCCAGAACCUGCUCAGGGUGCCCUCGUAUGAGUUGAUUGGCCCAUUGCUGGACCAGAUCCGACAAGACUUGGUGCCAAUCCCAUGGGAUGAGAAGGAGCCCCAGCUCUUCUGGCGUGGGGGCAUGCGGAGCUUCAACCGAUGCACCUGCCGCGGGAGGCACGAUCGCUUCGCGACCUGGCCCGCGCAUUGGCGGAACUUCACGGAGCUCUUGGAGGAUGGAGGUGGAUCCGCAGGCUCCGAGCCGCCUGCCCCAUGCGGCUGCAUACGGCACAUCACGAACGGGAGCACCUUGGAGCUCUGCAACCGGGUGCGGCUUUGCGAACUCUCCCGGCAGCAUCCGCAGUUGGUGGACGCCAAACUGGCUUACAUCCCUGAGUCCUAUGAGACGAUCCGCGCGCGGGCAGAGGAGCGAGGCUACGUGGCACAGUACACGCAGCCCAGCGCGCAGAUGCGCUACAAGUACUUGAUCUCCACAGAUGGUUCCACCAUCGACGACACACGAAUCUACUGGAUGCUCUCCACCGGAUCCUUAGUCUUCAAGCAGAUCACCCCGUUACUGGGCUUUGGAAUUACCGCCUUGGAACCCAUGGUGCACUUCGUCCCCAUCAAAGAGGACUUGAGUGACUUGGUUGAGAAGCUCCACUGGGCGAGGGCCCAUGACGAAAUUUGUCGGCAAAUGGCGGCCCGUGCACGCGACUUCGCACGGAGCUACUUCACCGAGGAGCAGAUCUUGCACUACAUCUUGCGAGUGAUCCAGAGGUCCUGA